GCCGCGCCCAGAGGUCCCUUUGGAAGUGGUCCCUCCACCGUCAUGUGACGCGGGCCCUCGCCCCACCCGUCUGCAGCCACUCCCUGUCUCGGUCCCAAGCUCGAGAGGGCCACGUGACACUGUCGGGGCCAGUCACGUGAGGCGCGGAUUCUGGGUGGGAGGGGGUCGGUGGAGGGUUCCGGAGUGGCAGUGAAGGAGGGAGAUGGCGGGGUGCAGGGGGUCCCUGUGCUGCUGCUGCAGGUGGUGCUGCUGCUGCGGUGAGCGUGAGACCCGCACCCCCGAGGAGCUGACCAUCCUUGGAGAAACACAGGAGGAGGAGGAUGAGAUCCUUCCAAGGAAAGACUAUGAGAGUUUGGAUUAUGAUCGCUGUAUCAACGACCCUUACCUGGAAGUUUUGGAGACCAUGGACAAUAAGAAAGGUCGCAGGUAUGAGGCGGUGAAGUGGAUGAUGGUGUUUGCCAUUGGAGUCUGCACUGGGCUGGUGGGUCUCUUUGUGGACUUUUUCGUGCGCCUCUUCAGCCAGCUCAAGUUCGGAGUGGUUCAGACCUCGGUGGAGGAAUGCAGCCAGAAAGGGUGCCUUGCCCUGUCCCUCCUCGAGCUCUUGGGUUUCAACUUGACCUUUGUCUUCCUGGCAAGCCUUCUCGUCCUGAUUGAGCCAGUGGCAGCAGGUUCUGGAAUACCUGAAAUCAAAUGCUACCUGAACGGUGUGAAGGUGCCCGGAAUUGUCCGUCUCCGAACCCUGCUCUGCAAAGUCUUUGGAGUGCUGUUCAGUGUGGCUGGAGGGCUCUUUGUGGGGAAGGAAGGCCCCAUGAUCCACAGUGGAGCAGUGGUGGGAGCUGGCCUGCCUCAGUUUCAGAGCAUCUCCUUACGGAAGAUCCAGUUUAACUUUCCCUAUUUCCGAAGUGACAGAGACAAGCGGGACUUUGUAUCAGCGGGGGCAGCUGCUGGAGUUGCUGCAGCUUUCGGGGCUCCCAUCGGGGGGACCCUGUUCAGUCUGGAGGAGGGCUCAUCCUUUUGGAACCAGGGGCUCACGUGGAAAGUGCUCUUUUGUUCCAUGUCCGCCACCUUCACCCUCAACUUCUUUCGUUCUGGGAUUCAGUUUGGGAGUUGGGGUUCCUUCCAGCUCCCUGGAUUGCUGAACUUUGGCGAGUUUAAGUGCUCUGACUCUGAUAAAAAAUGUCAUCUCUGGACAGCUAUGGAUUUGGGUUUCUUCGUCGUGAUGGGGGUCAUUGGGGGCCUCCUGGGAGCCACAUUCAACUGUCUGAACAAGAGGCUUGCAAAGUACCGUAUGCGAAACGUGCACCCGAAACCUAAGCUCGUCAGAGUCUUAGAGAGCCUCUUGGUGUCCUUGGUAACCACUGUGGUGGUGUUCAUGGCCUCGAUGGUGUUAGGAGAAUGCCGACAGAUGUCUUCUUCGAGUCAAAUCGGUAAUGACUCAUUCCAGCUCCAGGUCACAUCAGAAGAUGUCAAUUCAAGUAUCAAGACCUUUUUUUGUCCCAACGAGACCUACAAUGACAUGGCCACACUCUUCUUCAAUCCCCAGGAGUCUGCCAUCCUUCAGCUUUUCCACCAGGACGGCACUUUCAGCCCUGUCACCCUGGCCUUGUUCUUCGCCCUCUAUUUCCUGCUCGCGUGUUGGACCUAUGGCGCUUCUGUUCCUAGUGGCCUGUUUGUGCCUUCCCUGCUGUGUGGAGCCGCUUUUGGGCGUUUAGUUGCCAAUGUCCUCAAAAGCUACAUCGGCUUGGGCCAUAUCUAUUCGGGGACCUUCGCCCUGAUCGGUGCCGCAGCCUUCCUGGGUGGGGUCGUGCGCAUGACCAUCAGUCUGACGGUCAUCCUGAUUGAGUCUACCAACGAGAUCACUUAUGGGCUCCCCAUUAUGAUCACUCUGAUGGUGGCCAAAUGGACGGGAGACUUUUUCAACAAGGGCAUUUAUGACAUCCACGUGGGCUUGCGAGGCGUACCACUUUUGGAGUGGGAGACAGAGGUGGAAAUGGACAAACUGAGAGCCAGUGACAUCAUGGAGCCCAACCUGACCUACGUCUACCCGCACACCCGCAUCCAGUCUCUGGUUAGCAUCCUGCGCACCACGGUCCACCACGCCUUCCCGGUGGUCACGGAGAACCGGGGCAACGAGAAGGAGUUCAUGAAGGGCAACCAGCUCAUCAGUAACAACAUCAAAUUCAAGAAGUCCAGCAUCGUCACCCGGGCCGGCGAACAGCGCAGGCGGAGCCAGUCCAUGAAGUCGUACCCGUCGAGCGAGCUGCGGAACGUGUGUGACGAGCACGUCCCCGAGGAGCCGGCCGAGAAGGAGGACCUUUUGCAGCAGAUGCUGGAGCGGAGAUACACUCCCUACCCCAACCUAUACCCCGACCAGUCCCCGAGCGAAGACUGGACCAUGGAGGAGCGCUUCCGCCCUCUGACCUUCCACGGCCUGAUCCUGCGGUCACAACUGGUCACCCUGCUCGUCCGAGGAGUUUGUUACUCUGAAAGUCAAUCAAGCGCCAGCCAGCCUCGCCUUUCGUACGCCGAGAUGGCUGAGGAUUACCCGCGGUACCCGGACAUCCACGACCUGGACCUGACGCUGCUGAACCCACGCAUGAUUGUGGACGUCACCCCGUAUAUGAACCCUUCGCCCUUCACCGUUUCACCUAACACCCACGUCUCUCAAGUUUUCAACCUGUUCAGAACGAUGGGCCUGCGGCACUUGCCCGUGGUGAAUGCCGUGGGGGAGAUCGUUGGGAUCAUCACUCGACACAACCUGACGUUCGAGUUUCUGCAUGCCCGACUACGGCAGCACUACCAGACCAUCUGAUGGGCCAGGGUGGCCAGCCCACCCUCUCCCAGAGCUGCCUGAGGGCGCAGCUCACUCAUGCUCCGCCGCCACGGCUGGCUGGGGCCGUGCCAGGGCACGGAAGAUUCCCACACACCCACUCGCUCGGAAAGCCUACAAUCAUCGAACACUUCGCUGGUCAGAGAUCCCGGGGGUGGUAUUGCACCAGGAGAGCGUGACCUUGCCCGACUCUCUCAGCAAGUAUCUUCCUGUCUCCUGCUCACUGCUUUCCUGCCGACCAGCAUCGGCUCAGGCCCCAGGCCCCUCCACCCCACUAGUGCCAGGACCAGAGGGGACGUCAGGCCUCACCCCCCGGAGAGUGACCCCCAGAGCAGUUUUCCCGCCCCUCCCUGCUGCUUUCCUAGGGAGCCCAGCUGUUGCCUUAAAUUGUAACAGGAGGGACUUUGACCAAGGCAGACACUGGGGCAAGCGCCAGUCGCAAAAUUAAGUGAAUUCCCAAAUUUAGGGAUUGGGCGGUGAGAAAAUGACCCCUUUCGGGGAGGUCUUCCUUCGUUGGGACCCUUAACUCGAUGUGCUCAGCAGUUCGUUUGGAGGAAGCACCUGUUUUCUGGAGGCGGCUGCUCUGGGCGCACCCCUGCGGCCGCGGUCUCCGUGGGGGCGGCGCCUUCCAGAAGCACAAAGCAUUAAGGUCCCACUGAUCGUCCCUGAGAUAAGUCUGACCAUACGCCCCGAUUUACAACCCCCCCCCCAGUUUUUAACAUUUCAGCUUCUCUCUCCUCCGGUCCGUCCCUCGUCCCUUUGAUCUGCAUUGCCUAACUUUCCUUCAGUUCUUACGUGCGUCUUCCUGGUGAAGCAGGAGGAUCUUGGCGUUCCCCCCCGCCACCCCAAGUUAGCUAAAAGGGCGCCCCACGACCAAGCUGCUCUACCUAACUCCGGGGGGGUGGUACAGUUGUGUCUCAGACAGAAAGAAGCGAGCCCUGAGCCAGUGACCUCGGCAGUAACGUGAUGUGGCUGGAGAAGCCAGUGUCAGGAUGAAGCUUCUUCCCGGAGGACGGUGUGUGCCCCUCACAAACCUCUCUCAGCCCCCUGCUGCCAACCAGUCCCCAGGGUGGGCAGGACCAGGCCCUGAGGCUAUAGCGUUAAUCUUAGGAAGGAGGCGUCUGGCUGUCAGUGACCUGCCUCCCUCCGGGCCGGGUGGUCCUCUGACUGGGCACCCAAAGCGAGCACUUGCCAUCGGGUAUUUGCAUUUCUCCCCUGUCAAACCCCCCCCCCC